AAUGGAGAUACAUGAAAUUAAAACGACAAGGGGACAGGUGUUGCCUGGCGAAUGACCUCUUUCAAAGAAUCGGGUCAUCGUACGCAGUUUCUCGCGUGGGAGAGCGACGUCGCAUCGACGAAAUGGAGAACGUUCGAUCGCACGAGGAAAGAGAGAGACGGAAAGAAAGAAGGAGUAAAACAUAUUCUGUACUUCGCACGAGGAUCGGAACGAGGAUGUCGCCGAUGCGCAGUACUUCCUCCCUUCUGGAUGUGAUGCCAGGAAGAAAUACCCUCGGCGUCGAAUUCGUGCUGCAGUGUCACCCGGACGACGAAUACUGGGAAUGUCCGGCCAGUAUGGCGCCAGCCACACGAGACGCGGGAGCAGUCAGGAGGUGGUGGAGCACAGGGGAGGAACGGGUACAUCUGUUUCCAUCCGGGCACGUGUCUACGGAAUUAGAACGUAUCGAGGGAGAAACGAGCCUCGCGAGGACGACAAGCUAGACUGAGAAUACCCACCCGUGGCCCCGCGACCGCUGGACCGACGGAUUCUGGGAUGCCUCGCGGUCAGCUGGCGCGAAAUAACAACGCGGCGGGCAAACAUAUUUGUCUCGGAAAUAGCGCUCAAAGCGAUAUAUGUAAGAGAGUGGUGUAUAAUUUGGUAAUUUCUCAUUUCCAUUUUUUAUCCGGUUUAUUCUCUUUAACUCGGCGCAAUUAUAUGCUGG